AUUAAAUCGUUUUCUAAUUGUAUUUAACAUUACAAACAUAAUAUUUACACUGUUUAGCCUUAUGGUAGGGUUAUCAAAUUUAUCCCGAUAACGGCGGUAAUUAAUUAUUAAUAAAAUGUAUCACGUUAAAAUAUUUAAUGCAAUUAAUGCAUGCGCUGCAUGACCCACCCACGCGUUGUCGGGCUCAAUCUGUAAUGGCGCCGGUUUACCUAUAUAGAGAGAUAAAAGGCAGCGUAAAAUGAGUAGAGUGAAUUUUGGCAGCCUUUGGAGCCUUUUUUUAAUUGGCUAAAGCCUCACAAUCUCUUUCCCUACGUUUAGAAAUUACAUGGGAAGCAAUGUGGGGGAACAAGGUAGCCAUUGAUCUUUAUCUUAACACCUUAUGUUAUUUCCCAACGCAGAGAAGAUAUAUCAAUCAGCAGAGGGCGACAAAACUCCAAAAAACACAAGUAACAAGUUGGCAUUGCACUGUGCUGUCAUUUUAAUCUGUUUGAGCGGGGCAUGUGCGUUAAUUGCGUCAAAUAUUUUAACGUGAUUAAUUUUAAAAAUUUAUUAAUUACCGCCCGUUAACGCGAUAAUUUUGACAGCCCUAGUUUUAUUGUGUUAUGUAUAUAUUAGGCAUAAAGUGUACAUUUAACAAAACAAGAUAAAUGCAUUCAUUUGGGAUGAAAUGCAUAACUGAUGCUACAACAAUCUAAUGAUAUACUGGCAAGCAGGGUGGCCAGUGGGGUGGCCAACAAUUUUAUGGGGGGGGGACCGUGGCCACCCCUGGCCACCCCCUGGUGGUGCCACUGGAGUGAAUAAAUAAAAAAAAAAAAGCAGAAUUGCUAAAUCAAAAUAGCCGUCGAUUCAUUUCGUAAUCAAUUAGUUGUUGAUUAGUCAGUUCAUUGUGGUUACUGCAAUACUGUAUGCUAAAAUGUGUGUUUUGACAGGCACGGUCUUGACUUUGAAAUGGAUGAGGAACUCAACAGAUCAGAAGAUGACCAGCAAGCCAAAAUGAAAUGCUUCAGGCAGCCUCACCGUCAGAUCGAGAAGCGACGACGAGAUAAAAUGAACAACCUCAUUGAUGAGUUGGCCGCCAUGAUCCCCGCCUGCCAGCCCAUGGCGAGGAAAUUGGACAAACUCACCGUGUUGCGAAAAGCCGUGCAGCACCUAAAAGCUCUUAAAGCCGGGUCGGGCAGCGCCUUCGCUGAGGCUGCCCGUAAGCCUUCCAUCCUCCCUCACGAUGACCUCAGGCAUCUUUUGCUCAGGGUAAGUGACUCAAUUUUUGGGGGGAAAAAUUUCCAUAUUUGUUCAUCUGCGUGCUCAUUCCAGGUUGCUGACGGUUUCCUGUUGGUUGUGAGUUGCGACCGGGCGAAAAUUUUGUUCAUAUCUGAGUCCGUCUCCAAGACCCUCAGUUUUAGUAGGGUGGAGCUGACGGGCCAAAGUCUAUUUGACUUCAUCCACCCCAAAGACAUCAGCAAAGUAAAAGAACAACUCUCGUCAUCUGAGUUGAACCCCCACAAUCGCCUCAUCGAUGCUACUACCGGCGUCCCUGUCCAAGCGGAAGCUUCCGUCACGUCGUCUCAGUUGUCCUCCGGCGCCAGACGCUCUUUCUUCUGCCGCAUGAAGCACAGUCGAGUGGAGGGAAAGCACAAGGAUAAGCGCACGCUGCCCACCGUUUCCAUUAAGAAAGAUUCCAGCCGAUACUGCACCCUCCACUGCACCGGCUACAUGCGCAGCUGGCCCCGGGGCGAACAGGACUCUGAGGCUGACGGCGACAAGGAGGCCCCGGGCCUCACCUGUUUGGUCACCAUGUGCCGCGUGCAGGACCACGCGUCCCACCAGUCCCCCAAAGACGUGAAAGUCAAGCCCACCGAGUUCGUGACUCGCUGUGCCAUCGACGGCAAGUUCACUUUUGUAGAGCAACAAGCGACUACCAUUAUCGGUUACCUCCCGCAAGAAAUUUUAGGAACUUCCUGUUACGAGUACUUCCACCAGGAUGACCUGCAGCACUUGGCGGAAAAACACAGGCAAGUGCUGCGCAGCAGAGAGAAGCUGGAAACAAAAUGCUACAAAUUCAAAGCCAAAUACGGCCCUUACGUUUCACUCCAAAGCCAGUGGUUUAGUUUCACCAAUCCGUGGACCAAAGAAGUUGAGUUUAUCGUCUCGUUAAACCGGGUGGUCUCCAGGGGGGGCAGUCACACAAAAGAUGACGAGGUAGCAGGCACCUCCAAAGAGGAAUCAAAACAACAACCCAUAAUUCCAGGCCUCACGAGCGGCGUAGGCAAAAUGAUCUACGCGGGCAGCAUCGGGACCCAAAUUGCUAGUGAACUCAUGGAUUCCAACAGGGCAAACUCCUCGCCGUCAAGUGUCGUGUCCAGUCCGUUCGGCGCAUCCCAGAGUGCGCUCGAGUCCCCGCGAGCCAGCACAAGCCUGUCCGGUCAUGAGGAAGAAGCUGGAAGUUUAUCUGAUUUAAAGAGUGCUUUGGGCCCGAGUGCUUCUGAAAGUGCAGCCGGCGAUACGUCCCAGCAGGACUUGGACAGCAUCCUGGUGCCGGGCCUCAGCAGCUUUAGCAGCGACGAGGCGGCUAUGGCCGUUAUCAUGAGCUUACUGGAGACCGACGUCAACGUGGGUCAGUCGGGGGACCUGGACGACUUCCACUGGCCCUUCUGAAAACAACAACUCCGCUUCUCCUUAAGGAAAGAACACUUGAAGUCAACGUGUCUUCCUUAACAGCACGGUGGAAACAAAAAGCCACCGUGAGAGUGCUGCUAGAUAAGAAAGGCACAUUUGUUUUAUGUUAUAGCCAUUCAAGACUCUUAGCAUUAUGCAAACAUGGACAUGAUGCCUUAAUCAUUAAUCGCAAGUUCAAUUAACAUUAAGAUGAUAUGACUCACCCAAGCCAAUUACAAAAAAACUAUGUGUUUAUCAAGUAUUGGUAUACCCCCCUUUGGUGACAUAUUUGGGCCAAAUAUUGUCACUAAAAUUGAGUAAAAUAUGAUUGAAAUGUUUAAAAUUUCAACUUUUUGGGAGCUGUAAAGCACAAUAGUAUUAAUAGGGGAUAUUUUCUUUAACUUACUAGUUGGCCUUAUUAUCUGGGUCUUUGAAAAAGACCCAGAUAGUGUUAUUCUGUUUUUUAAAAAUUUUUUUAAUGGGAUUCAUUCGGCGCGCCGCACAGCCCGAAUCGCUUGACCGAUCGGCACCGUUCAAGUUUCGACACGUCCGGAAUUUUUGCACGACGCAGGGAAUUUUUCAAACGGCUCCGAAAAAUUUUCCGUUGCGCCGCAAACGGCAAUUUUCCGGAAAAAAAAUGUAUCUAGUCCUACAAUUUUUGACCAAAUUACAUAAUUUAGGUAUCAAAAAUUCCGCGACGGUGAAGGGCAUAAGUUGUAUACAGAAUUUGGAAAAAAAUUACGGUUCCCCGGAAAUUUGACAAAAACUUGCCCAUUCAUUUUUACUGAGAAAAAAAAUCACAAUGUAUCUAGUCCUACAUUUUUUGACCAAAUCACACAAUUUAGGCAUAAAAAAUUCCAGGAUGGUGAGGGGCAAAUAAGUUAUGCACAGAAUUUGGAAAACAUUUACGGUUCCAUGGAAAUUUGACAAAAACGACAAAAAGACAAGUUUCAAAGUGUAUCUACCCCUUCAAUUUUUGACGAAAUCACACAAUUUGGGCAUCAAAAAUUCUGGGACGGCAAGGGGAAUAAAAGUGACGGUGGAAAUUUUUUUGAAAAAAUGUACGAUUUCCCGUAUAUUUGACAAAAACUUGCCCGUUCAUGUUUAAUGGGGAAAAAAGUUUCAAAACGUAUCUAGUCCUUUAAUUUUUGACCAAAUCACACAAUUUGGGCAUCAAAAAUUCCGGGACGAUGAGGGGCAUAAAAGUUGUAUACAAUAUUUGGAAAAAAAUUACGGUUCCCCAGAAAUUUGACAAAAACUUGCCCAUUCAUUUUUAAUGACAAAAAAAAAUUCACAUUGUAUCUAGUCCUACAAUUUUUUGACCAAAUCACACAAUUUAGACAUCAAAAAUUCCAGGGCGGUGAGGGGCAAAUAAGUUAUGCACAGAAUUUGGAAAACAUUUACGGUUCCCCGGAAAUUUGACAAAAACUUGCCCAUUCAUUUUUAAUGAGAAAAAAAAAAUUCACAAUGUAUCUAGUCCUAUAAUUUUUGCCCAAUAACACAAUUUAGGCAUCAAAAAUUCCAGGACGGUGAGGGGCAAAUAAGUUAUGCACAGAAUUUGGAAAACAUUUACGGUUCCCCGUAAAUUUGACAAAAACUUGCCCAUUCAUUUUUAAUGAGAAAAAAAAAAUUCACAAUGUAUCUAGUCCUAUAAUUUUUGCCCAAUAACACAAUUUAGGCAUAAAAAAUUCCAGGGCAGUGAGGGGCAAAUAAGUUAUGCACAGAAUUUGGAAAACAUUUACGGUUCCCCGGAAAUUUGACAAAAACUUGCCCAUUCAUUUUUAAUGAGAAAAAAAAAAUUCACAAUGUAUCUAGUCCUAUAAUUUUUGCCCAAUAACACAAUUUAGGCAUCAAAAAUUCCAGGAUGGUGAGGGGCAAAUGAGUUAUGCACAGAAUUUGGAAAAAAAUUACGAUUCCCCGGAAAUUUGACUAAAACUUGCCCAUUCAUUUUUAAUGGGGAAAAAAAGAAAAGUUUCAAAAUGUAUCAAGUCCUUCAAUUUUGACCAAAUCACACAAUUUGGGCAUAAAAAAUUCCGGGAUAAUGAGGGGCAUAAAAGUUGUAUAUAGAAUUUGGAAAACAUUUACGGUUCCCCAGAAAUUUGCCAAAAACGUUCCUAUUCAUUUUUAAUGGAAAAAAAACAAAAACAAAAAAAAACGCACAGCCCGAACCGUUUGACCGAUCAGCACCUUUCAAGUAUCGGCAGGAUCGGAAUUUUCGUGCGACGCAGGGAAUUUUUCAAACGGCCCCGAAAAUUUUUCCGUUCGCCUGUAAACGGCAAUUUUUCGGAAAAAAAAGUUUCAAAAUGUAUCUAGUUUUCUUUGCUGUCACAAAGUAAUGGUAAUUUAUUAACUCUAAGAGUGCAUCCAAGGUUUUUUUCCAUUUUAAACUCAUUGGCAGCCAAUGAGUUGAUGCCACUUUGUGUUUGUGUGAAGGUCAUGUUCACUUUAAAUGGGGCCAUAAUUAAAAAACAACAAAAAAAGAUAUAUAUUAACGCACGGCAAAAAGACUUGAAAGCCCAAAAAUGUAUUAGUUGGACGUUUACUGAUCUUUGAUCUACUUUCCACUUAUUUAAACGCGUUUGUUUGUAUGCUGCCGAAUGUCCCGAUACCACAACAGCCUUUCAACAUUGCUAUCUCAACGUUGCUACUGAGAAUAUGCAAAGUCGAUUCGAAUUUUGUAAGACCUCGUGGCAGGUCUUUGGUCAACUCGCGUAAACCUCGAUCACUGGGUCCUCGAAUCUUGAAAAAACAUAAUGUGAUUGUGUUGCCUUGUGUUUUUGAAUGUGUAAAAGCCAGGUUGCUAUGUGGCUUUCCAAGCUCGCUGUGAGAUGAGAAACGUGUCUUGUUCGUUUGUACGUGGUAUCGUUGUUGAUGUUUCUGCUGUAUGAAGAGGAUGUGUUUUUUUUUUUUUUUUCGGAAGUAAAGUUUUGUUUUUUUUA